AUGCUGCCCACGCCCUCGACAUCGCACGUUUGUUUCGAUCGCGUCUACGAACCGGCUGAAGACUCAUACUUGCUGCUCGAUACAAUUUCAUCCGCAUCAGAAACCACAUAUCUGAAGGAUCGAUUUGGUGAUGCAUCCUCAACCCCGCCGCUGGUACUCGAAGGAUCAGGAGUUGUACUAGCAUUUGUUGCUGCGAAUGCGCAAACUAUUUUUGGUCGACAUGAUGCACUGACGCUUGGAGUUGAUAUCAACAGCUUCGCUUGCAACGCUGCUGCACACACUGUUCAAAAUGCAAUUCAAGAAAGAGAAAAGGAACGCUCGGUUUUUAUGGAUAUUGUGAAUGGCGAUUUGGCAAAUGCGAUUCGUCCAGGUACUGUCGAUGUUUUCAUCUUCAACCCGCCAUACGUACCAGCUGAGCUGCCUGACCUGUCGAGUCACGAGAAGUACAAUGUGAUCCCAGAGGGGAAGAAAGCUACCUCAUUCGAGCAAGAUUCGUAUCUUUUGGAGCUAUCCUACGCCGGAGGUGAAGAUGGCAUGGUGGUAACAAACAGGAUGCUCGAGCAGAUUCCGAAUAUACUGAGUGUGGAUAGAGGAGUUGCCUACCUACUGCUGUGUGCACAAAACAAGCCCGAAGUAGUCAAGCAGCGGAUAAGAGAAUGGGGCGCAGGAUGGAUGGCAGAGACUGUAGGAUCGAGCGGCAAGAAAGCAGGCUGGGAGAAGUUGGUGGUUGUGAGGAUAUGGCGCGAAGCGCGCUAA